ACACAAACUAGUUUCACUUCACACAUAAACUAGUAGGAGGAAGUUGGUGGUAAGAUGAUGAGUGUUUAGCUAUCUCCUUAAUUUUAUACUAUAUCUAGUGUAUGUUUAAGAUACAGAAGUUCAUACCUACAUAGAAGUCUCACGAAUUUUAAGAUAAGAUGAAGACAGUGGUGUUUUCGAGCAAGCUGCUGCUGCUGAUGUUUAUAAUCAGUGUACAAGGAGACAUAUACUUACAAAUUCCACGAGGUUCCAACAACAGACUGUCAGAAACCACAGCAACUCGAACCAACGCCAACCGUGUGUUUGAUUCACAGAACAACAACCGAGGUGGAUACAAUGUAGGGGACGCUACUGCUGAAAAAGCCAACAAUGAUGAGGGCAAACAAUACAGAAUGAAAUAUUUUCAAAGUGGACCUUGGAAGACAAAGACAAAUGAUGCAGGAAAGAGCUACCUGUCGGUGGAGUGGACCAAUCAGCAUGGCUGUGGGGGUAAUGAGGACACUAAUCCCCAGAAACAGAAUUGUCACUUAGUGCUGCAGUAUAUGUGUCAGGACGAUGUUGACACGCCCACAGGUACAGAUGAUACACUUAGGAAUGGAGUCCAGACCAGUACACAGGACUACCAGCCUCCCAACAACCUGGAUGAGACAAAAAACCAGAAAAACAACAGGAAGAACAACAAUGUAAAAUCUAACCGAGCGAUUCAGGAACCCUGGGAGUGGUACGACAGCUGUUAUAUACGACAACGCAAUAAAGGGUUGUUUACAGCAGACCAAAAACUUAAGAACAACAAAUUUGGGUACAGCAGUGCUAUCUAUACCAGACAAGAUAAUCAAGGCAAUCGCUAUGGCUACGAAUGUCCAGAAGAAAGAGAUUAUUAUCCAUACUGGCAUCCAACUCCCUGGACAGAUAUUGCUGUGUUGGCUGAAAAUGCUUCCAUGUGUCAGUAUUAUGAAAAGGAAAGUUUCAACAUCCGACCAUAUCAUCAGUGUGUGGAAAAAUAUGGUGAUGGCAGCCGCAAAGAUGGAUCCAAGUGGAACAACCGACAGCAGUGUGUCGACAAUGGUGGCCAGUGGAUAGCCUUCUACAGCUACCUAGAAAAGGCCCCAGCCUUUACUAGUGAAAAUCAGUGUACACGACAGACUGCCGGAGGUUACAAGUACAUCUGGGCUGUACCAUUUGAUGCUGAGGACGUCACCAAGAAGGAAUGCCUCAUCAAGCUUGACGCUCCACAGUGUAGAGCUGCUGACUUUUCCAGGUCUAAUCACCUUGGCAAUGGAGCUGACGGAAAGGCUCUUCACUAUGACUGGACUCUGCCAUACUUCCCUUCCAGUAACACAAAGAGAUGUGUUUUUAGAAUCAGAUACAACAUUUCCACUGAUGACUUUGACCCCUAUGCUACAAACAGUAGUCACAACAGGAACAUACAGACAAAGACCAUGUCUCCUGUGGAACAAAACCCAUAUGUGGAUGUUGGUGAGCGGUCAGCUCUCCGACUAAACAUCAAUACAGAUCAGACAGGUCGUGUAUUCCAAGACCGUAGCCAUGUGUUUCUCAUGAAGCCCCGCCCCGAAAUAGAGAAUGAGAGGGUCUACAACCUCAACAUUAGGGGCAAGCGUGGCAACAUCGUCCAGGUGUACCCAGCUGUAGAGUAUGACUUCCACCCUAACACCCUCAGUCUUCAACCCAAUGACCUGGUACACAUACAGUGGACAGGUUCUAACAGUCAUAACAAUGGAGGAAAUGGUGGAGAUGGACAAGCAGGUGACGAGGGACAAGGAAAGGAUGGUACUGAUAGAAACAAUAUGGUACAGAUACAGGAUUUGAAUGACAACUAUCCUGUGCCAUUUGAACAGUCCAAUAUGUGGCAGAAUGCCGAAGUAAAAUGGAUUUAUCACAGUAAAACAUCUGUGUCACCAAAGGACCUUGCAGUCAGCAUGGCUUCAUCUGGAUACUAUAUGUGCAUCAAAGGAAGUAGUUGCGGUGGACAGUCAGGAGAAGCUGCCGACACCAAGACACAGAUGGAUAAACUCCUCAACAAUGCCCCAGCAUCGUACGAGGGCGCUGUGCUCAAGUUCAAACCCGGCACCUACCACUACAUGUGUAGUAGAAACAACAACUUCACAAACCGCAGCCAAAAGGGCACAAUCAUUGUCAGAUAGAAAGGUCACAACUAAUGUCCAAUAGGAAAAAAUACAUUAUGUACUCAAAAAUCAUAACAAACCAUAAUAUAAAGGGCAUUUCAUUAUGACCUCCAAAAAUUGAACAUGGCAUUAAUAUCGUCUGAUGGAAGGACGCACCUUGCAUAUUAUCUAUUCAAAGAACAUAACACACCACAGCCUUCUUGUCCAAUAGAAAUUGCAUAUACGUAUAAUGUGCAAUUGUAACUGGUGGCCAUGAUCGGGAACAAGAUUUGGCAGCCAAACCAAACAUUACAGAACAACUAGUGAUUUAUAACGUUCUUUAUAUGCAAGACAUUUGGUGGUUUACAAUUAAUGAUGUAUCUUUUUGGUCCUCACUUUGGUCCUUGUCAAAGAGGACGUUUUGUUUGGUAUGUUAACUGGCCUUUGCAGUUGUUAUAUAUGUACUUGCCAUAUAUAUUGUGUCAUAUCAAAAUUAAUAUUGUACAGGCAUUUUUUCUAUUUGUUUACCUUGGAUUUUUAUAUAAACUUGUGUCCACAAACAUGAAAUGUGAUAGUUAAUAGGUAUAUUCUUGUAAACAUUAUACAUUAUAUGAUUCACAGACCACUUUAGAUAUAGGUUAACUUAAAAUAAUUUGUUUCAUUGUAUAGGUCAUUUAUAAGUUUACAAUUAUGAAAAUACUCAGGUUGAGAUUAAAUCUGUUUUAACUAUACUUCAGAUGUUUUGAUAUUUAUUGGUACUGAAUAAAAUUUUACUAAGCCUUGUGAUGGGAGUCACUUUUUAAGAGCAAACUAAAUAAGUGAAUAUGAGUGAAAAAAUAAAUUCAGAUCUGACCACAUUUAAUAAAA